AUGAAGAUGUAUGGCUGUGUUUCAAUCGGAGGUAAAGAGUGUAUGGGUAUUAUCAACCCAGCCAACACCAACGAGGCAAUGCAUCUCUCGCAUUUGGCAAUGGACAUAUGGGCAGAACUCCUUGCCAUUCAUAAGCCUGGAGUCACCUUAAUGAGACCACCUACCGGACCCGAGUUUCAAUGGUUGCCGAUCAGCAAGUUACAUUCCCGAAAGGCUACUAUCCACACCCCGAUCAGAUUCCCCGGCCCCAAGGCCACUCCCUCACUUUGA